AUGGAGAUGUGCUCGCAGUUGCACCUGAAUCCCUGGAACAGUGUCUUGGAACUAACCAAGACGUCCCAAGAACAGGGCAUUGACCCCUUAUCGUGGGCAAUUCAAGUGUCUUCAAAGUUGAGUUCUGUGGGAGUUUCUUUACCUUCUUCUGAACUAGCCAACGUUCUGGUAUCUCACAUUUGUUGGGAUAACAAUGUGCCCACUGCAUGGAAGUUCCUAGAGAAAGCCAUGGCUCACAAGAUUGUGCCUUCGUUACUCGUUCUGGGCCUGCUCUCCGCAAGGGUAAUGCCAUAUCGGCAUUCUCAUCCAGCAGCAUUUAGGCUUUAUAUGGAACUCCUUGAAAGGCAUGCCUUCACGGUUAAACAAUAUGCGCCUUUGCCAGACUAUCAAAAGAUCAUGAAUUCGUUGGAUGCUAUCCUUAAUUUCUCUCAGAUAUUUACUCUGCAAACAAAUGAGCCCGGUGUUCGUUUGGUCCAGUUCGUGUUUUCAAUUGUUUGGCAGUUAGUUAAUGCAUCGUUAGAUGAUGAGGGACUGCUGCAGCUUACUCCAGAGAAGCAAUCUAAGUGGCCAACGGAAACAAAAGACAUGGAUGUAGAUCACCAUGAUAGUUAUAACGAGAAGAAGAAUGAACAUAGAGAGAGAUUGAAGACUUAUAAUACUGUUAUGGCCAUAGAGUUGAUUGGGAAGUUUCUGAAAAAUAAAGUAACUUCCAGAAUUCUUUACUUGGCACGACAAAACAUGUCUACGCAAUGGGGAAUUUUUAUCCAGCGAAUUCAACUGCUCGCAAAAAAUUCAUCAGCCUUGAGAAAUUCAGAAGUCAUGACACCAGAUGGUCUUUUACAUUUGAUAUCAGAUAAGCAAAAAAAUAUGUCUCAUUAUUGCCAGAAAAGUUCCUUGCUAGAGUUUCAUGGUAUACUCCAAUCCACGCCUCUAGAUGAUUCUACUGGUCUCUGUCUUGGAGUUAGUCGUUCUGCUCUUUGGCUUCCUCUUGAUUUGCUCCUAGAAGAUGCAAUGGAUGGUUAUCAAGUUAAUGCAACUAGUGCAAUUGAAGUGAUUGCUGGUUUAGUUAAGACUCUUCAAGCAAUUAACUCGACUUCUUGGUAUGAAAUCUUUUUAGGACUUUGGAUGGCUGCUCUACGUCUUGUUCAAAGGGAAAGGGAUCCUAUCGAGGGACCGGUGCCCCGCUUGGAUACUCGAAUGUGCAUGUUAUUGUCUAUCACUACUCUUGUAAUUUCUGAUCUUGUUGAAGAAGAGGAAAGUAUAGCAACUGAUGAGAUUGAAGGUGCUAUGGACAGCAAUAAUCAAGUUCCCAGGACGCGUCGUACGGAUUUAAUUUUUAGUGUACAGAACUUAACUGAAUAUCACAGCUUGCUAACUCCUCCAAAAUCAGUCAUUGACAAAGCCAAUCAGGCUGCUGCAAAAGCAAUGAUGUUCAUAUCAGGCAUCAAUGUUGGCACUGCAUACUUCGAGUGCAUCAGCAUGCCAGAUAUGCCAAUGAACUGCUCUGGGAACCUGCAUCAUUUAAUAGUUGAGGCAUGCAUUGCCAGAAAUCUACUGGAUACGUCCGCUUAUUUCUGGUCAGGUUAUGUAAGCGGACACAUCAAUCAACUACCUCAAAGUGUUCCAAAUCAAGUGUCUGAUUGGUCAUUGUUUAUGAAGGGGGCAUCACUUACUCCAUCAAUGGUUAUUGCUUUAGUAUCAACUCCUGCUACAAGCUUAGCAGAGAUUGAGAAAGUAUUUGAGGUUGCAGUCAAUGGAUCUGAUGAUGAAAGGAUAGCCGCUGCUACUAUUCUCUGUGGGGCCUCUUUGAUUUGCGGAUGGAAUAUACAGGAACACACUGUUUAUUUCAUUACUAGAUUACUGUCUCCACCAGUUCCUGUUGACUAUUCUGGGUGUGACAGCUAUUUGAUAGGUUAUGCUCCGAUGCUGAAUGUCCUUCUUGUUGGGAUAGCACCUGUUGAUUGCGUCCAGAUUUUCUCUGUACAUGGUUUGGUUCCACAACUUGCUGGUUCAUUGAUGACAAUCUGUGAGGUAUUUGGUUCAUGUGUUCCGAAUAUCUCAUGGACCCUGACAUCAGGAGAGGAGAUAUCUGCCCAUGCCGUGUUUUCAAAUGCAUUUGCUCUACUUCUAAAGCUGUGGAGGUUUAAUCAUCCGCCUGUUGAAUACGGAGUCGGAGAUGUACCACCAGUAGGAUCUCAACUUACUCCUGAAUACCUCCUACUAGUGCGGAAUUCCCAUCUAGUGUCUUCAGGAAACAUGCUCAAGGACCCAAAUAGAAGGAGACUUGCAAAAGUUGCCAGUUCAUCGUCUCCUAAACCCAUAUUUGUAGACUCAUUUCCGAAACUUAAAGUAUGGUAUAGACAACACCUGGCAUGUAUAGCUUCACCCCUCUCGGGUCUUGUCAAUGGGACUCCUGUUUAUCGAACUGUUGAUACACUACUCAAUAUGAUGUUUAAGAGAAUUAAUAGAGGAUGUCAGUCCGUGACAUCUGGAAGUAGUAGUUCCUCUGGACCCGGAAGCGAAGAUACUUAUCUGAGGCCUAAGUUACCCGCUUGGGAUAUCCUAGAAGCUGUUCCCUUUGUGGCUGAUGCUGCUCUAACAGCAUGUUCCCAUGGAAGAUUAUCACCUCGUGAACUCUGCACAGGGCUUAAAGAUUUGGCUGAUUAUCUUCCUGCUACUUUGGCGACUAUUGUAAGUUAUUUCUCAGCUGAAGUAACUCGUGGUGUUUGGAAACAAGUUUUUAUGAAUGGAACUGAUUGGCCCAGUCCUGCUGCAAAUCUCUCCAAUGUCGAGGAACAUAUUAAGAAAAUACUGGCUGCCACUGGUGUUGAUGUCCCCAGUCUUGCUGCAGGGGGGAGUUCUCCAGCUGCACUUCCGCUGCCCUUGGCUGCAUUUGUAAGCCUCACCAUAACCUAUAAACUCGAUAAAGCCUCACAACGUUUUCUCAAUCUAGCAGGCCCGGCACUGGAGUCCCUAGCAGCAGGUUGCCCAUGGCCGUGCAUGCCAAUAGUGGCUUCUUUGUGGACCCAAAAGGCAAAACGUUGGAGUGAUUUCCUCGUAUUUUCUGCCUCUCGUACUGUCUUCCUUCAUAGCAAUGAUGCUGUUGUUCAGCUUCUUAAGAGCUGCUUUAGUGCUACACUUGGUUUAAACAGUACCUGCAUCACAAGCAAUGGUGGUGUCGGAGCACUUCUUGGCCAUGGAUUUGGAUCACAUUUUAGCGGUGGGAUCUCUCCGGUUGCACCCGGGAUUCUAUAUCUACGAGUCUAUAGAUCAAUCCGAGACAUUAUGUUCUUAAGGGAAGAGAUAGUUGCUAUAUUGAUGCAAUUAGUGAAAGACAUAACAUUUACGGGGCUUCCUAGAGAGAGGUUCGAAAAGCUAAAGAAAGUCAAAAGCGGAAUGAAACAUGGGCAUCUCUCGUUUGCUGCAGCAAUAACGAAAGUGAAACUAGCAGCUUCUCUGGGGGCUUCUUUCAUAUUCUUAUCUGGCGGACUGGGGCUGGUUCAGUCACUAAUAAAGGAAACUCUUCCUUCUUGGUUUAUGUCCAUUCACUGGUCCAAGCAAGAAGGGGACUCGGGUGCAAUGCUUCCGUUGCUUAGGGGGUAUGCAUUGGCAUACUUAAUGGCCCUUUGUGGAGCUUUUAUUUGGGGGGUCGACUCAUCAUCAUCUGCUUCAAAGCGUCGUCCAAAAAUUCUCGAAUGUCAUUUGGAAUUUGUGGCUAGUGCUGUUGAUGGAAAGAUAUCUCUUGGUUGUGAUCCGGUCACUUGGCGUGCUUAUGUGUCUGGUUUCUUGAGUUUGAUGGUCAGGUGCAUGCCAAGUUGGGUAGUUGAGGUGGAUGUAGAGUUAUUGAAGAGACUGAGUGAGGGGCUGAGGCGUUGGAACGAGAAAGAACUUGCUUUUGCUUUGCUUGGCGUUGGUGGAGUUGGUACCAUGGGUGCCGCUGCUGAACAAAUAAUCGAAACUGAUUUGCGACCAUUUUCUCCUUUCUCAUAA